AGCGUCGACGACCGACAUUACCCCUGCGACGGUCGGUACGUAACUGACCCGCGUGGGACCCUUGUGGGUCCUGGAACCUCACCUGGACGAUGACUCGUAACGGAUCCCUCGCCGCCCCUCGCCCAGGAUGGUGUUCCCAGGCAUCAUAAGGAGAGUAAACAAGACGCUGCCAGCCCUUCUCCAGACAAUAGUCAUAAUCUGCCUCCUUCACUUCCUGACUCAGGGCAUUCUCACCAAAAUUAAUAAGAAGUUUCACCUGAGUCGGUACAGUCACUCAGACGCCACCACCCAGCGGUCGAUGGGUCGAGCUUCAACACGCAUUGGUGGAGGCUUCAGCCGGCGUCCUCGACCCGCACGCGGGCGCAGCUCCUCCACCUCCACCACAACCACCACCACCACCACCACAACCACCCCAUUGCCGCCACCACCUGACGACGUCAUGGAGCAGGAACAUCAACGACGCCUCGAGACGCUGCACACAGCUUGUGCCAGGUGGAACUUGGGACUGUGGUCAAGUAACAAGAGCACAAAUAUAAGCGCUGAUGUCAUGGCUACGCUGGCCACUAUGCCAAAGUCGCCUCUAUACCAAGCACUAUUGGUAUCAGAGAAACAUCAUCUAGCUGUGUGUCCGGCAGCCCGGAAUGGGAUCCAGUGGCUUGCACGGCGUCUUCUUCGGCUUACAGGCAGGUUCGAGGAACACCAGUUACACAGACUUCAUGAGCCUCCAGCUGCUAUCGCCAGACACAAUUUUCCAUAUUUAAGCUCGUGGGAAAAGUAUCCAAUUGUGCUGGCAAAAUCUUUGACAAUCUUAAUGGCCCGCCAUCCUUUUGAUCGCCUUCUAGCCUCUUACCGCCAUAUAUUAGAGGACCCAGAGAAAAAUCCUCACGGAUAUUUGCACUACGGACGCCGUAUUGUUCGAACCUACCGUCAGGCACCAGGCCACGGCAAAGGGCCAACCUUUGAGGAAUUUGUCAGGUUUUUAUUGGCACACGACACACACCACCUGGAAGACGCAUGGCAGCCCACGAUGCGCCGCUGUACACCUUGCCAUAUAGGAUACAACAUGGUCACUAAAUACGAGACCCUCUGGAAUGAUGUACAGUGGGCGUGGAAAAGAGCUGGUUUUGGGACACUCAACACCACUGACUACGUUGUCUACACCCUCACUCCAGAGAUACGGAGGCAAUACUUCUCAGAACUCACUUUAACACAGGUUUUAGAGUUGUUCAAAAAAUACAAAAUGGACUUUCAGCUUUAUGGCUAUACAUUGGAGGAGCAUAUGGCCUAUGCUAAACCUGGAGAAGAGGCAAUAGACCCCGCCCUUUUGGUCGAUAUUCCUCGAGUAAGCCCUUACCACCUACAGGAUGUGCAGGAGCAGUCACAGGAGCAAGCACUACUGAAGGUAGAUCACGAGAAUACAGGAAGGGAACAAGUACCAUACCCAGAACCAGACAGCUCUAACACGGGUCUCGCCUUAACGGGUGAAAGGCACGCAGCUGUUGAGGUCAGCAAUGAUAUAGAACCUCCCAAGGACAAUUGGCAAUUCCAAAAUGGGGCAAGAGCCAGUUAAUAAAACUAUCGUCAAAAAUGAGUGGCUCCUAGAAUCUUCAAAUGAGAGACAAGGAAACCAAUGGGAAUUCUGACCACUAAGUCAUUGUGAUGUCCUACAUUAUACUCUAGAAGAGAAUGAUUAUAGUUAUAAUCUACAAGAAAAUGAGGAAAGUGAAGCAGCUGAAAAACCUGAUUUUAGGAGAGGACAUUAUGAGGAACUUAGAAAGGUCUUUAAUGAAUUUCAUUGGGAAGACUUUAGGCAAGGAAGUAAAUGAGAUGUUUGUCAACUUUUGUGAAAUAAACGAUAAAGGCA